GUAUUUCUUAAACUUUUACUAAAAAAUUGAUUUUAAUUUUGGAGACUCGACUGCAUCGCCAUUUGUCAUGUAGGAGCGGUUUUGAUAAAGGUGUUGUUCUUUUAAGUGAGAAGAGGGGUGUGAAAGAAUGGACGUCUUGAGAGGGAAAUGGAAGGAAAAAUGCAUUCUGAACGUUUGCGCUCUGCUCGUAUUGUGCUGGUCAGUAGACACCUCCCUCUCGGCACCACCACCUCCUAGGACCCAGGAGUUUCAAUGCCCUGAGGGGAGUCAUUACCGCAAUGCUAAUGGGACAUGCUGUCGAAAGUGCCAUGAAGGGUUUAAGUUGAAGCAGGACUGCACUAAAGAGGUUGAGAGCCAAUGUGAACCCUGUAUAGAGGGCAGGACAUACCUAGAGAGGAGUAACUACGCCAAGAACUGCAUCCGUUGUACAAUCUGUAACGUAGACAAUGAGGAAAAGGUGUCGCCAUGCAAGAAGAGUCAGAACACAGUGUGUCGCUGCAUUGAAGGCUUCUACAAAAAUAGAAUAAACUCGGGAACACGGGAGUGCCUCCGUUGCAAGACAUGUGGACCUGGAGAGAGAGAAACACAACCCUGUACUCCAGAGAGGGAUACAGUGUGUGAAUGUAAGGACAUCCGAAACAAGAAAAACAACAGGAACUGUCUUCCAUGCCAAAAUUGUAGAUCAGCUGACUGUCAGCAGGAGUGUGCUUCAGGCACAGAUCCCACUCCCAAACCCGAAGACACUGAAUGGGGUGUUUGGUCUCUCUACCUAUUGGCUGCGUUCGGCUGUGUUUGUGUGGUGCUGCUGGUGGUGAUGGGGAUCAUGGGCGUACUAGUGGUCCGACGGAAACCGAAGGGGUCAAGCUCCUUUCUCUCUGCUGAGAUCACCUCUCAGGGCUCCGAGAAGUCUACUCGGAGGCUGAUCCAAGAGGACCCAGAGAACGUUCUCAACCAGAGUAUUCCUUCAUGUAGCCCAGUGUGUGAGUGUGAACAGGAGCCCCUCAGCAAGCUACCGGACUGUGUCCCCAAGGAGAUCAAGAUCUCUGAGUUGAUCUACUCGGUGUUGGACCAAGUCCCCCCGCGCCAUGUGAAGGAGCUGGUGCGUUCGCUGGGUGUGAGUGACAUAGUGAUAGAGAGGGCUGAGAAUGACCACCCCCGUGACACUAAGGAAGCCCAGUACCAGAUGCUGAGGGUCUGGGCUAAGGGAAGUGCGCAGGGAGGGGGAGGGGUGCUAGCACGCCCUCUACUGUACCAUCUGCUGGAGAAGCUGAGAGACAUGGACCUGGGAGGGACUGCAGAGGAGCUGGAGACCAUGUAUGGAGAUCAGUAGAGGGAGAGAGAUGCAGACUGUAGACCAUGUAUGGAGAUCAGUAGAGGGAGAGAGCUGCAGACUGUGUAGACCAUGUAUGGAGAUCAGUAGAGGGAGAGAGAUGCAGACUGUAUAGACCAUGUAUGGAGAUCAGUAGAGGGAGAGAGAUGCAGACUGUGUAGACCAUGUAUGGAGAUCAGUAGAGGGAGAGAGAUGCAGACUGUAUAGACCAUGUAUGGAGAUCAGUAGAGGGAGAGAGAUGCAGACUGUAGACCAUGUAUGGAGAUCAGUAGAGGGAGAGAGAUGCAGACUGUAUAGACCAUGUAUGGAGAUCAGUAGAGGGAGAGAGAUGCAGACUGUAGACCAUGUAUGGAGAUCAGUAGAGGGAGAGAGAUGCAGACUGUAGACCAUGUAUGGAGAUCAGUAGAGGGAGAGAGAUGCAGACUGUAUAGACCAUGUAUGGAGAUCAGUAGAGGGAGAGAGAUGCAGACUGUAUAGACCAUGUAUGGAGAUCAGUAGAGGGAGAGAGAUGCAGACUGUAGACCAUGUAUGGAGAUCAGUAGAGGGAGAGAGCUGCAGACUGUAUAGACCAUGUAUGGAGAUCAGUAGAGGGAGAGAGAUGCAGACUGUAUAGACCAUGUAUGGAGAUCAGUAGAGGGAGAGAGAUGCAGACUGUAUAGACCAUGUAUGGAGAUCAGUAGAGGGAGAGAGAUGCAGACUGUAGACCAUGUAUGGAGAUCAGUAGAGGGAGAGAGAUGCAGACUGUAUAGACCAAGUAGGGGACCCUUACAGGUUUCUCUUCUCUAUGUCGAAUCAAAGAGAAACCGAGAGGGACCAAGACUAUUUAUCAUAUGUAUAGGAUAAUUAGGGGACGGAGAGAGAGAGAUGGGUGAGGUGCUAAUGGGGAGAGAGAGAAGAUCAGCCACAUCCCCUUGUCCCUGACCUCACUUGUGUAGUCCUGAGAGAAUAGGAUUGGUACAGUGUAAGCAAUAUGGUAGUUGUUCCACCUGGUCCAGAUCUGAUAGACUAGGUGGAAGUGUUGCCAUGCUUUCACAAUAUGUCAUAAUGUAUUAUAUAACCCUUUGGCAGUGAUUCUGAUUAUUGAUUGCCAGCUGUAACUUAUACUGUUCUCAUAGGUUUUUGUUUAGGUUUUUUGUUGCACAUUCAAAUCAAUGAGUGAGGAAUUGUAUGUUACAAAGCAGUUUUAGACAUUGCUGUUUGUAAAACAGGCAAACUUGUAAUGUGUCACACACAGGUAUGAGAACCACACUAAGAAUUGAGUUAAAUAUUGUGUUUAGAGUAAUACAGAUUUAACACCCAUCUAUAGUAUUACUGUUCUAUAUUACUGAGUAUUAGGUGGCGACAGGUAGCCAGUAACUGAAAGGUUGCUGUUUCGAACCCCUGAGCUGAUAGCGUGAUAAAAAUCUGUCUGUGCCCUUGAACAAGACACUUAACCAUACUUGCUCCUGUAAAUCGCUCUGGAUAAGGAUGGCUAAAAUGUAAAUGUGAAAUGUAUUAAUUACUAGUGUUGCAGUAGUACUCAAGCUAAUAUUUAGAUAGGAAUCUGUAUAGCUUUUAUCUUCCCUGUCUCUAUCUUGCAUUAAUCAACCACAAACAUAUCAAAAAGAUAUUAGCAUUAUAUGUCAUAUUUGAAGUCUUUGUAUUGGUUUGUAUAUGGUUAUUAAUACUACAUAGGAGGAUGUUGUAUAUUUGAAUGGUUCUUUGAUAAGUUGCUGCUUGGGCGUGAAGAUCAAACUACUGUAGUUUUGCUGUCUUUUACUACUGUCUUGAUGUACAUAUUCUUGUUUUACAAAAUAGGUUAGGUAUGUAUCAAUCUGUCAUAUUUCUUCUCACUGUACCAUAUUCACUGUACUAUUCAAUCACACCCAUCCAGGUUGUCUCUGUGCCAUGGUUUUUGAUUACCACAAGUGAUUGAUUCUUAUAUCUGUACAGUAAUAGUUGUGUCAGUACUGUUAGGGAACAGACAGGUCUUCUGUAGGUGUUAUCCCUGAGUUAUUGACAUUACUUAAAGGCCCAUCAUCAUGCUGCCCUUAUUCAGGAUCACUUAGUCAGAGGACACACCUGUCACUGCAGGGUUGACUGAUCUCUGGGAGACUAAACAUGGAAACUAGGGAUGGAUAGAGUGGCAAGAAAAAGUAUGUGAACCCUUUGGAAUUACCUGGACUUCUGCAUAAAUUGGUCAUAACAUUUGAUCUGAUCUUCAUCUAAGUCACAACAAUACACAAACAGUCUGCUUAAACUAAUAACACACUAACAAUUACACAUUUUCAUGUCUUUAUUGAACACACCGUGUAAACAUUCACAGUGCAGGGUGGAAAAGGUUUCGGAACCGUUGGUUUUAGUACUGGUUGACCCUCCUUUGGCAGCAAUAACCUCAACCAAACACUUUCUGUAGUUGCGGAUCAGACCUGCACAACAGUCAGGAGGAAUUUUGGACCAUUCCUAUUUAUAAAACUGUUUCAGUUCAGCAAUAUUCUUGGGAUGUCUGGUGUGAACCGCUCUCUUGAGGUCAUGCAACAGCAUCUCAAUCGGGUUGAGGUCAGGACUCUGACUGGGCCACUCCAGAAGGCGUAUUUUCUUCUGUGAAAGCCAUUCUUUUGUUGAUUUACUUCUUUGUUUUGAGUUGUUGUCCUGUUGCAUCACCUAACUUCUGUUGAGCUUCAAUUGUCAGACAGCCUUACAUUCUCCUGCAAAAUGUCUUGAUAAACUUCAUAAACUCGAUGAUAGCAAGCUGUCCAGGCCCUGAGGCAGUAUAGCAGCUCCAAACCAUGAUGCUCCCUCCACCAUACUUUACAGUUGGGAUGAGGUUUUGAUGUUAGUGUGCUGUGCCUUAUUUCUCCACACAUAGUGUUGUGUGUUCCUUCCAAACAACUCAACUUUAGUUUCAUCUGUCCACAGAAUAUUUUGCCAGUAGCGCUGUGAAACAUCCAGGUGCUCUUUUGCGAACUUCAGACGUGCAGCAAUGUUUUUUUUGGACAGGAGCGGCUUCUUCCAUGGUGUCCUCCCAUUAACAUCAUUCUUGUUUAGUGUUUUAGGUAUCGUAGACUCAUCAACAGAGAUGUUAGCAUGUGCCAGAGAUUUCUUUGUCUUUAACUGACACUCUAGGAUUCUUCCUAAGCUCAUUGAGCAUUCUGCGCUGUGCUCUUGCAGUCAUCUUUGCUGGACGGCCUCUCUUAGGGAGAGUAGAAACAGUGCUGAACUUUCUCCAUUUAUAGACACUUUUGUCUUACCGUGGACUGAUGAACAUCAAGGCUUUUAGGGAUACUUUUGUAACCCUUUCCAGCUUUAUGCAAGUCAACAAUUCUUAAUCUUGGGUCUUCUGAGAUCUCUUUAUUUCGAGGCAUGGUUCACAUCAGGCAAUGCUUCUUGUGAAUAGCAAACUCACAUUUUGUGAGUGUUUUUUUAUAGGGCAGGGCAGCUCUAACCAACAUCUCCAAUCUCAUCUCAUUGAUUGGACUCCAGGUUAGCUGACUCCUGACUCCAAUUAGCUUUUGGAGAAGUCAUUAGCCUAGGGGUUCACAUACUUUUCCAACCUACACUGUGAAUUUUUAAAUGAUGUAUUCAAUAUAGAAAAUAAAAAUACAGUAAUUUGUGUGUUAUUAGUUUAAGCAGACUGUGUUUGUCUGUUGUGACUGAGAUGAAGUUCAAAUCUAAUUGUACGACCAAUUUAUGCAGAAAUCCGGAUUAUUCCAAAGGGUUCACAUAUUUUUUUCUUGCCACUAGAUAGAUGGCACUCAAGAUUCUAGUUUUUAAUGUCAGGUGCACAAGUACAGUGAAAUGCCAUGUAUUGGAUUGUAUGAUAUUAAACUGCACUUUUUAACAUUGAAGUGUUACAGGUGAUUUUACUAAAGACAAACUAGUUUUAUUCUCAAAUCACAUACAGUAUAUGCAGGCAUUGCUUUGUUUGAUUAAGGUAUGAACAAAGUUAACCAAUUGUCUAUAUUUUUAAAUAAAGAAUCUCUUUUAAAAUGA